AUGGCGACAGUACUCGAUCAGUCGCAGCGCGACUCGCUCGGAGGCGAACCUGUCGUCGAAAUCUCCAUCACUCCGCCGCAGAGUGCCAACGGCAAAAAGGAAGCGCCUGAAGGAGUGCCCUCCGAGUUAUCGGAUCUCGAGCUUGACCACCAAUCUGCCCCGGCACCCGAUACAUCUAAGAUCAAGCAGGAAGAAGUGGAGGAGAAGGUUGAGGAAAUUGAAGAAAUUGAGCCUGAUCAUUACUAUGGCGACGGCAAGGUCCCUGUUUUCAAGCCGACGAUGGACCAAUUCCGAGACUUCCAGGGCUUCAUCAACAAAAUCAAUAAAUAUGGAAUGCAGGCAGGCAUCGUGAAAGUCAUUCCUCCGAAAGAAUGGUCCGACUCUCUUCCACCGCUGGAUGAGGCAGUCAAGAAAAUCCGAGUGAAGAAUCCCAUCAUGCAAGAGUUCCACGGAUCCCACGGUACAUACACCCAAGCCAACAUCGAACGCCAACGCUCGUACAACCUUCCUCAGUGGAAGGGUCUAUGUGAAGAAAGCAGCCACCAACCCCCGGCUCGCCGAGGAGAGAGACGCCGAAACCAAGAACGCGUGAACCGUGCGGCCCCGACACCACGGGCCCCGUCUAUCCGCCCCGAGGGUCAGAAGCGCCGGCCUGGCCGCCCCCCUAAACGGUCAAAUCAGGCCAAAGUCAAAGAGGAGCCUCCUGCAGAUGACGUCGAGAAGACCAGAUUAGAGGGUCCCCCAACGCCUGUAUCACCCGAGACCAACCCCGUGCAGCCGAAGACCGAGGAUUUAAGUGAAGGCGAAUCUCUACCUACCAUAAAACCAAAGGGACGACAACCCAAGUCCGUGACCGCACGCCGAAAGAACAACCGAGGCGAUGCCAUUGAUCAAGCCGAUGAGGAGGCGUACACAGGAUUUGAUUACCGGAUCCAUGACCAUGAAGAAUACACCGCGGAAAGAUGCGAGGAGCUUGAGACUAAUUACUGGAAGUCACUCAUGUAUAACAAUCCGAUGUACGGAGCUGACAUGCCCGGUUCGCUCUUCGAGGAUUCUACAGAAAUCUGGAAUGUCGCCAAGUUGCCGAAUCUGCUUGACGUCCUCGGGCAGAAGGUACCUGGAGUCAACACUGCUUAUCUCUACAUGGGCAUGUGGAAGGCUACCUUUGCUUGGCAUCUUGAGGAUGUAGAUCUGUACAGCAUUAACUACAUCCACUUCGGUGCCCCCAAGCAGUGGUACAGCAUCUCCCAAGAAGAUGCACCUCGCUUCGAACAGGUCAUGCGCAGUAUCUGGUCCAGUGAUGCGAAGAACUGCGAUCAAUUCCUUCGUCACAAAACCUACCUCGUCUCGCCUAGCCUUCUCAAAUCGCAGUAUGGGAUCACCGUCAAUCGGUUGGUUCAUUACGAAGGAGAAUUUGUGAUUACAUUUCCUUACGGGUACCACUCUGGGUAUAACGUCGGAUACAAUUGCGCCGAGUCGGUCAACUUCGCGACCGAGCAAUGGUUAGACUAUGCUCGCAUCGCGAAGAAGUGCAACUGCGAAGCAGACAGUGUCUGGAUCGAUGUGGACGAGAUCGAGCGCAAGCUGCGCGGCGAGAGCACACCUGAGUACUAUGGUGAAUUUGAGAGCGAAUUCGAUGGCUUUGAAGGCGCUUCUGAUCUUCUUACACCGCCACGUAGUGUGCCUGGGAAGACAUCCACUCGUGGCCGAAAACGGAAGAAUCCGGGCGACGGGCCGAAUACCAAACGACCCAAACUCCACCCAGAAGGACCACGGAAGCUCCCGUGCUUGCUAUGCCCUAACAAUCUGGACUAUGAGGAUCUUCUGCCGACCGAAGAUGGCAAAGGGCAUGCGCAUAGACGGUGUGCGGCGUUCAUAGAAGAGACCACAAUUCUCCGUGACGCAUCUGGUACGGAAGUUGUGUGUGACAUUGACAAAAUCCCCAAGGCUCGCCUGGGUCUUAAAUGUCUCUUUUGCCGCGAAGUCCGCGGGGCCUGCUUCCAGUGUAACUUUGGAAAAUGCACGCGCGCUUAUCAUGCAACCUGUGCUCUUUUGGCGGGUGUUCAGGUUGAGCACGGUGCGAUUGCUGUCAUUGCCGAUGAUGGCACGCAGUACUCCAUUCCAAGUGUGGAUUUGAAAUGCAAGUUCCAUCGCCAGAAGCGGCCUAAUGGAGUCCUGGGUGAAUCGUCCGAUGUGGAUCGUCGGGUAAUCGAAUCGGCUCGUCGUCUGGUGCAAGGAAAUUUGAUCCAAUUUCAAGCCGACAAGGAGAUUAAUGGCGCCAUUGUUCUUGAAAAUCGUCCUUCGGAGCGAAGUCUUUUGCUCAAGGUGCUCCCCAGAGGAGAUGUGAUUGAAAUGCCCUAUCGCUGGAUGCUUGUUGUUCGCAAGAGCAAUUUCACGCCUCUCGCACUAGGAAUCCAACCCCUCCCAGCCCACCUAGCGCGAAAACCCGAACAGCGAAAGGAGUUAGAAUCAGCGGUACCGGCGGCAGGCAGUGCAUUCGGCGAUUCACGAUCUCCCUAUCAGUGGGCUGAAUUUGAGACAGUGGAUGCGACUAGGAAUCAAUUCGCCCCACUCAGGACGGUCAACCUCCAGGGAGAGCAGAUGUGGUAUUAUUUGGGCAUGCAGUCCACCGAAAGUAGGGCACAGUAUACACACAACCCUAGCGUGUCCAUCCACAAUCCUCGGGCCAAUUUCCUGGACAGCGUCAAGUCGCUUGGCAUGGGUGUCAGCGCUCGUGCAUCGAAGAUCUCACCCCACCACUUUCAUUAUGCUGCCACCGCCCCUGCCCCUCCCUACCGAAACCUGAAUCAGCCAAACCAGCAAAACCAGCAUCAGAAGCAAAAUAUUUACUCUUCGAAUGUCAACGCCCCUCACCUACAAUCCCGACCGCCCUCUUCUGCCUUGCAGCACCUCGCCCCUCCCCCUCCUUUUAUCCCUGUUACCGGUGCUGCUGCUGGUGCUCCUGCGAUGCCGUCGGCCUUUCGAACUCUGCCCAAUCAGUCUGCCCGUCAUGCCCCCUAUCCUUCGGUCGCCAAGUCGCACGCUCAGCAGCAGCAUCACCUCCCACCCACCAAUACCUUUGCCAAUGUCCGAGAACUUAUUGCUCGCCGCCGGUUAGCCCAAAUUACCGACCACGCUAAUGUCUUUGCCGGAUACACUAUCGUCAGCCCCGAAUUGGUGGUGGAGACGCUGUUGGGUCCGAUGGGCUCAAUACCACCCGCCAAUGGCCUCGAGAAGCUGGAACUGGCCAUGGCUCAGCAACGGGUUCAGCCCCGGGCGGCGGAUGGCACUCUGUUGCCGCCUCAGACUCUGAACAUGCGGUCGGAGGAGGUCACUCGACUCCUUCAGAUGCUCCGCUUUUCGCUAGUCAGCCACCGCGAGCGACUCGAUGUUAUUCAGAGGAAAGAGUCGGAGGGUAUCAAGCAGGAGACCGUUGAUCGGGGUAGCGUGGCUGCUGCUAAGAUGCCUGGAAAAUAUGCCUACCUGGAUCAGCAACGGUCGCUAGCACCCAAUGUUUACCAGUCUCCCUAUAAUAUGCCGUCGGGUCUCUCCGAAUACGCAAAGGCUACCUACGGAUUAGUUCCUGCAGCAGACGACCCGCCCAAGCCAUCCCUGUCGAACGAUUUCUUCAACAAUCUGUCACCGGAGCAUCAAGAAAAGGUCUUGAAGGCCUGUGGUAGCUUCGUGCAGCGUGCAAUUGAGCGAUCGACUACUCACAGCCGGCAAAGUUCAUCCUCCAAUCUCCGGUUGUCGGCGGCUCUGGCACAGCAAACAGAAAAUCCGACGAUUGACAUCACCCCGGUGGAGGAUCCCCCCCUUCUCUCGGGUCUCGACAUGCCGCUCCACGCCGAUUCUCCAUGCUCCAGUUUCGGUCGGUCGCAUCUACGAUUUCAGUCGCCAAACGAGUUCCCCAUCCAUGGCCCAGAUCCUCACCCGGACCACCACGAUCUGUUCGGAGAUCAGCAAGCGAAUACCCGCUUCUGGCAGAACGGGCCGUGGGUCGGCGGGGAUGGCAACACUCCAAAUGACGAGAACCGACCGUUCUUCGGACCGCAUAUCUUCGGACCACACGAACGACUCAAACAUGACUAUGCAUCCUCCGACAUCUCCCUGGGCAAGGGACCUGGAUCCUUGCACUCUGUCGAUAUGGCCGGCUUUGGCCCUGACUUGAAUGAUGACCUCGGACUGAGUCCAUAG